AUGGCUUUAAGAUUAGCGAAGAGCGCCAUUGGCGCAGCCCGUGUCCGUCCUGCCAUCUCUUCUCGAACAAUCCCGGUGGCCACAACCUCCCUUACAUCUAGUCGGUCAGUAUCCAACGUUCCCGCCGAAGACCCCAAAACCAAGGCGCAGUCUAUCAUCGAUGCCAUCCCAGGCAAUAGUCUGGUGUCGAAGACUGCCAUUCUCUCCGCCGGUGCUGGGCUCUCGAUCGCCGCUAUCAGCAAUGAGCUUUAUGUCUUCAAUGAGGAAACCGUCGCUGCAUUCUGUCUCCUCAGCGUCUUCACCGGUGUAGCGAAGAUGGCUGGGCCCAUGUAUAAGGAGUGGGCCGAGAGUCAGAUCCAGAAGCAGAAGGAUAUCCUUAACGGCGCCAGAGCAAACCACACCAACGCUGUGAAGGAAAGGAUCGAGAACGUCAAGCAAUUGAGCAGUGUUGUUGAGAUCACAAAGGACCUCUUUGAGGUGUCCAAGGAAACCGCCCGAUUGGAGGCUCAGGCCUAUGAAAUGGAGCAGCGCACUGCUUUAGCCGCUGAGGCAAAGAAGGUCCUCGACUCGUGGGUACAGUACGAGGGACAGGUCAAGGUUCGCCAACAACACGAGUUAGCCCAGAACGUCAUUUCCAAGAUCCAGAAGGAGUUGGAGAACCCCAAGGUUCUUCAACAAAUUCUGCAACAAAGUGUGGCGGAUGUUGAGAGAAUCCUGGCCGUGAAGCCCCAUUAA